AUCCGUCGGCACGGCGAGCAAUCCAUCUCGAUCCUUUCCCCCACUGAACCUUCUUCCGCUCGAUCCGACCCACCUGUUCGACCGCCGCCGCCUACAAGAUGCGUUUUCGGCAGAGUAUGGCCAGGCACUUCGGGGACAGUCUCUCCAUGUCUCCCCCGAAACCAUACCUUUCUUACUACGAUAUCCGCCUCGACACCGAAGAUAUCAAGGCACUUAAGAAUGACUGGCUCACCGACAGUGCCAUCGCGUUUUGGGAAGAAUGGCUUGAGCGGGAGAUCCUGCCCAAGUACCCGCAAGCCCGGAUAGUACUUCUUCGGCCCGUCGUCUCGCAUCUCCUGAUGCAGACGACCGAUCUCAAAAACGACGCCUCUGCCUUACCCGACUUCCGCAAGGUCACGCACAUUUUCCUACCCGUCAGCGACAGCCGAGAUCGCUGGAACGCCGACAGCGGCUCACACUGGUCUCUCCUCCUCGUGUCGGUUAUUGACCGGGUCGCGUUCCACUACGACUCGCUCGGCGGCUCCAACUUUCCGGCGGCCAGGAGGGGCGUAGAGCGGCUGAGCUGGGUGUUGGGCGUCCCGCUCAAGUUCCAUCAGCUGGAGGACACCCCCCAGCAGGAGAACAGCAAGGACUGCGGCGUGUUUGUCUGCAUCCUCAUGAGGCACCUGCUUAUUAAGCGGCUCCUCAAUGCCAAUUCCAACGAGAAGGUGUCUAUGUCGAUGGCGGGCAAGAUGGUCGACAGUCGUGGGGGCAGGAAGGAAAUGCUCCGGAUCGUCGAGUCGUUGCGCAAGGAGGGCGAAAGGCGGCGCAGCGCUAGUCCCUUUGCUGGCUCGUCAAACGAGCCGCCGCGCAUUGACUAGUACGUUUACUGUGACGAGUGAUUUACGAACCGACCGGCGUUUGUGGUUGUGCUUGGGGUCACGGGACCUGGGGUUUUGACGGGCACCAAGAAGGGCGGUGAGUAGAGCCCAACUGCAUGGCGUUUAUGUUUUGAAGGGAGUUGAGGCGUUUGGCAAAGAUCGAGUACCCCUGGGAUUGAAGGGUUGUUUCUGCUAGUAUGAUUCAUGGCUGGAUGGUUUCGGGCAUAGCAAUUAUACACGGUGAAUGCGGGCAUGGGAGAGGCGGUAAGGUGUAGCGCAGAGUUUGCGGUGGUUUCCACCAUGGACCAGUUCAACAAUUCGACUUCGGACAUAACCCCCUGAAA